CUCCGCUCUUGCUCUGUCCCUCCGAGGAGUUUCUAUUUCCGGGUUUCGGUUCGGGAGACGGGAGGCGAAUCCAAACGAUAAGUAAACAAGCCUUCGGGAUGGCCAUAUAGAUCGGUGUGGGGUCAGAAAAGAGCGGAGGGCCGCAGUAGUUGUAUUCGGAGGAGGGGUUCCCACGGCGGGCCCUCGCUUGGGGGAGUCUCCAUCGGCAUCGACACAUUCUCUGCACUGUCGGUGUGUGCGUGUUUUCUUCAGAGGAAAGGGGGGCGCUUUUCUGAGAAUUAUUUCCCCCCUCUUCCCUCCUGCACCUCUCUAUCCCCCUCCCACCCUCAUGUUGUUAUCAUCGAAACGGACAGGAUACCAGGAAGAGGCUCACCUUCGACCGGACCAGUUGAGGUUUAUGAGUGGCGGCAUCCGGGCACACAGCUUAAGCAAAGACUGAAGCAGCCGGUGAUUGGAGUGGGACAGGAUGCCCAUUCCUCCUCCCCCACCUCCACCGGCCCCUGCUGGACCUCCCCCACCCCCCACAUUUAGUCAGGCCAAUACCGAACCUCCAAGGCUGACUCGCGAUGAACAGAAGGGGCGAGGAGCAUUGCUGAAUGAUAUCUGUAAAGGGGCCAAGUUAAAGAAGGCGACAGCCGUCAAUGACCGAAGUGCACCUGUUCUAGAAAAGCCAAAAGGUGGUGGAGCAGGAGGAGGAGACAGAAGUGCUGGUGGAGGGGGUGGCAGUAGCAAUUAUGGCUCUAGUUCUGGGGGCCUACAGCCAAUGGGAGGCCUCUUUUCAGGUGGAGUGCCCAAACUACGAUCUGUGUCAGAUGGAAAACCUGCUUUGGUUCCCCCUAGCUCCAGAGCAGCGGCCCCAAAACCACCUGUCUUGUCCUCUUCAAGCUCCAGCAGUCGAGCCUACAAUGAUGCGGACUCCAAUUCAAGCCGGGGUUCUCCUCCUGAACUUCCUCGUUCUCACAGACCAUCCUUACCAGAUCUGUCUCGACCAAACAGUGCUGCCAGCUCUUCUGGAGGAAUGAAACAUAGCUCAUCUGCUCCACCACCCCCUCCCCCAGCUAAUCGACGUGCAAAUGCUCCCCCAGUCCCACCAGCAAGCAGCAAGGGACCAUCCUACAAUCAUGAAAAGCCAUUGCCGCCAACUCCGGGUCAGAGGGGCCCAUCAGUCCGUGAUGGUCCUCCAGCUCCCCCGCCACCAAUUAAACCCCCUCCUUCUCCUCUCAACUCUGCUAGGCCAAACCCAACAGGAAGCAGCAGUUCAUCACUGGCACCCCCGCCUCCACCAUAUCGACAGCCUCCCACUGCCCCCAAUGGUCCUUCCAGCCCCAUCAACGAGGCAGCACCUGAACUUCCAAAAAGAAACAACUCGCUACACAGAAAAGCUCCUGGCAGUGGGUCGACACCAGUGCCCGUACGUGCCCAUGCCCCUCCUCCUCCUCCUUCUCCACAAGGGGCUAGGCCGCCUCCCCCUGCUAGAGAUCCCCCAGGUCGAAAUCCAGCUCCUCCAGCUCCGCCUCCAUCCGUGCGCAGCUCAGGCCGAGAGGCGCCUCCACCACCACCACCACCCUACCGGAUGCAUGCAACUUCAGAAGCUCCCAGUCGAGGGAAGCCUCCUCCUCCUCCAUCUCGCAACCCUGCUGGACCUCCUCCCCCUCCACCAAUCCGAAAUGGCCACACCACAGUCUCCAAAACAUACAUAGAUGACUUUGAAUCAAAAUAUUCCUUCCAUCCCUUGGAAGACUUCCCACCACCAGAAGAAUACAAGAACUUUGCAAAGACCUACCCCAGCAAGACCAAUAGAGUGGUCCGAGGUGCACCUCCUUUGCCACCCGUGGGUAGGUGAACAACCAGCCUUGCAGAGUGGAGUAAUCGUAGCUUCGCUAUUUCUGAGGACGAUGGACUUGGCACACAGACGCACCUCCUCCCAGGCUUGACCAGACUCUUCUGGGUGGAGGUUUUCCUUCCAUUCUGCUUUUCCACCCUAGCAUGAAAUCCUCCUGGCUUCCCGCUUACUUGUGCCCCAGACCCAAAUCAGCUCGUUCAGCAGUGGACUUGUGGCCAUGUGGAAAAAAAAAAAAAAAAAAAAAAAGAUACCAAGGAGAACUAUGCAUUCCAUAGCUGUUAAACGUGAGGGUCUGGAUAUGCAAUUUGAAAAAGGGGCAGUGGCAGUUGUGGCACCAGUGUUUAGCCAUGUUGUUCUUUAUUUUAUUUUUUUGUUUCCUUUUUCUUUCCAUUAUUACUGGCAGGCCUCUUCUUUCUACCUGCUUUCAAUAACUAGGUCUCUCUACAUUCAAGUACUUGCCAAUAGGAACCAUUUCUGCACUUCAGGAGCAAAGGAGCAAGCGCAGGGAGUAAUACCUAAUGCACUUUGAAUAUUGGACAACCAGAGACGAAACAUGCGCUGCUGUUUUAUUUUGCAAUAGAGAGAUGGGGAAAAAAAGGCCACAUCCUAAUAUCAGAUGAGCUGAUAUUGCACAGUGACCUCCACAGUGAAUCAGGUAAUGGGUGGGGGGGGGGGGGGGGGGGGUCUUUUUGGGGGUUAUGUUUUGUAGCCUCACGGAGUCUGUUACUCUAAAGAAGCCUGCAGGUCUCUAGAUGCAUACCGCCUGGUGAUGUUGAUUCAGGCUGGGAGAAAAUGUUAACAAGUGCAUGCGUGGAAAGUGGCGGUGCUGGUGAGAAGACGGGAGCUGCUGCUGUUUGCGUUUGAUAAAGCGAGCACACACGAGCGGGCGCUGAUAGCGGGCUUUGCCUCUGCAGGUGAAAGAAAGGUGAAACGGUGAUGGUGGCAGUGACGUCCUGAAAUGUCUUGAAGAGAGACUGGUACAGGGUGUGAACCAAUCACUGCUUGCCCUCCCACUCCCCGCCACUCCCUUCCCCAGACUGCUGCCCGCAUUGCCUUCUUGGUCAAGGAAGCAACACUCAAUUGUCAUGCGACUAGUCCAAGUCACUUUUGGCAGUUAUUUUUUUUUUUUUUUUUUUUUUUUAGGAAGAAUACAGAGUUAAAAAAUUAUCUUAUUUUUAUAGUGGUGGGGGGCUAUUGGAAUUAGUUGUUGGACUUUAAAUUUAGGAGGUCACAGGUUUUUUUUUUUUUUCUUUUGUUUUACGGUUCUAAAUCAGGAAGUGGGUUCUGUGUUGUUUACAGCUCUUUUAAAAGUUCACCAACGUUUUUAAGGUAAACACUAAUCAGUUAAUUUUUCUUUGUGUAUUAGUUGUCUGAAUGAAGAGGGAAUAUAAACUGAAUUUGAUUAUUUCUGCCGCAGACCAAAAAGCCAUUAUGUGAGUCUGGCUGAUUGCCAGUCAUUAAUCCAAGAGAAGUGCAGGAAUUGGCGGAGAGACUGCAAAAGAAUUUCUGACCUGGGAGGCAGAGAGGGUCUUGCCUGUUCUCUGCCAUCCUCUUAGCUGAGGGGGAAUCCAUUUACAGGAUAGCAUCUUGUGCUUAAAGGGGGUAUCUCAGUGCACUCUCUCUGGCAGCUUGGUGGGCACAGGAGGCCUAGCACUACACUAGAUUUUUAUUUUCUGCCCGUGAUAACCAAUGGGCCAAGAACUGUGAAUGUUUUCUGUUUUUUUUUUUUUUUCC